CUAAUCAUUGCAGCUGUCGAUUGUAUUGUAUCGUAACCAAAGGCCGCUAAUGUUGAGGGCAGGGCUGUAGACCUGAGACUUUGACUCCGGCCAGACCUCAUUCAUUAGGUCUUAAGACUUGACUCUCUUGAGACUUGACCCCCUCAAGAUUUCACAAAUGGAAGCGAAAAGAUUCAAGUUUCUGAACAUUUCACCUGUUAAAAAUCCCCACACAAUUAAAACAGACGGUGACGGGCAGGUGUCACUUAGCCACCUAGUUCUAAUGGUUAAUUAUUAGGUCUGUGCAUUUCAUUUCAUUUAUUCAUUUAGUCACAUAAAAUGUCAGAAAAUAGUGAAAAUUGUCCGUCACAGUUUCCAAAAGCCCAAAUUAGUUUGACCAACUUUCUAAACUUUCUCCCCCAGAUAUUCAAUUUAUAACGCAAGUGUGUAGAAUUUGUUCUUGAUAAAUAACUUAAAAAUUGUAUUGUUUUGGAAAGUUUGUAAACGGGUUCAUUUUAUGUCAGUGAACUAACUGAUUAUUCGACUAAUUGAUUCAGCUCUUCUGCUGUGUAGGGUUAACCGUCAACAUUGAUGGCCUUAUCCAAGAGAUGUAGGUUGUUAGGAACACAACUGAUUUUCUUGUCUCCCCUCGCCAGCUCGUAGAACUUGAGAGAGCUUUAAUUGCAGUGUGCCUCGGAGGACCCGGGACUUGACUGGGAGUUGGUCUUAGAGUCUUGGGACUUGACUUAAGACAUAAUAACAGCUCCGGUUGAGAGCACAAUGUGAACUAAUCGGGGGGCCGGCUCUCCAAAUGACGUCUCUGGUAUGCACUUUACACGACCAUCGAGACGAUGUCAACUGGUGCGCCUUCUCAGCCAAACUGCUAGCCACGUGUUCUGGGGACAAAACGCUCAGGAUAUACAACACCCAUGACUUCUCAGAGCUGUCUUUCUCGCCGCUGUCGGGACAUGGCUACAGCAUCCACUGCUGCUGCUUCAGCGCCUGCGGACAGUUCCUCGCCUCGUGUUCGACCGACGCGACCACGGUGGUCUGGUCCAUGGUCACCGGCGACAUCGAGGCCGUCAUGGAGCAUCCUGGUCGGAGCCCUGUCAGGAUCUGCGCGCUCUCUCCCGACUCCGCUCACCUGGUUUCUGGUGCAUCGGAUGGCACGUUGGCUCUGUGGGAUUUCCCCUCCAAACAGCUGCGCAGGACCGGGGCAGUGAAUGACACAACAAUGGUGGCCUGCUCCUUCAGCCCCUGCAGUCAGGUUUUCAUGACCGGCUCCACCUAUGGAGACCUGCGUCUGUGGGACCUGAACAUGAACCAGCUCCACGCUGAGAAGAAUGCCCACGACCUGGGCGUCACGUGCUGCACCUUCGCCCCCAACAUCCUCAGUGGUGAUCGAGUCGUGCAGUUUCGUCUGGCAUCCUGUGGCCAAGACAGUCACCUGAAGAUCUGGGCCAUCAACAAGUUCAGCUCUGGAGCCUGUAAGAUGCAGCUCCUGCACACGUUAACUGGCCAGUCAGCUCCGGUCCUCUCCUGUGCGUACUCCUCAGAUGGGCAGCUGCUUGUGUCUGGCUCUGUGGACAAAACUGUUACAGUCUAUGAUGCUAAAAAUGCAGUUCUGCUUUACACACUGAACCAGCACGAGAGGUACGUGACGGCAUGUUCCUUCUCUCCAACUUCACCACUGAUUGCUACAGGGUCUAUGGAUAAGACUGUGAACAUCUGGAGGCUGCAGGAUGGAUGCAGUGGCCAUGGUGGCGGGAAAUCGUUGCCUGAAGAGUCUGCUCUGACAUCAAGUGAAGGGAGAACCUCAUCAGGCCGAUUGAAGCUGCUUGUCUCUGACUGGUCGGAGGAGGAUGUGUCAGAGUGGCUGGUGGAGGAAGGCCUCGAGGGAUUGGUUGACAAAUUCAGGUCCAACAACAUAGAUGGGACAGAGCUGCUCAGUCUCACCAAGGAAACACUGGCGUCAGAGCUGCUCAUAGAGUCCGUAGGCAUGCGCAGUAAACUCCUGAGGAAGGUGGAGGAGCUGAAGAGUGAUUCGAUGUGUUCGGGCAUUCCCGAUGAGUUCCUGUGUCCAAUCACCAGAGAGCUGAUGAAGGAACCAGUCAUUGCUGCUGAUGGCUACUCAUAUGAAAGAGAGGCCAUCGAGGGCUGGAUCAACACCAAGAACCGAUCCAGCCCUAUGACCAACCUGCCUUUACUGACGACUCUACUCACCCCUAACCACACCCUGAAGAUGGCUAUUGGCCGCUGGAAGACCACCCACUCGCCUCUGAAAAACCUCUGACCCGGUGUGCCCCAAAAGUUUCACCUAAAGCAGACAGAAACCAGAAUACAAUGCUAAUAGGGAUCACACAGCAUUACAGGUGCAGGUGUGUCUGAUUUUCUUUUCCUCUGAGACAUCUGCACACCGUGCGGUUUCUUUGUUGGCACUCAUUUAUGAAGCUGCAUUGAGCAAUUUUUGAAGGUGAGGUUACUAAGUACUGACUCAGUAGGAUAAAGUCCUUAUAGGCAAGUCUCGCCACUCGGCAGCCCUCGUGGCAACGCCCCUGGGCAGUUAUUUCAGGGUAACAAGACCAGGCCCCUAUCUAAAUGAAGGGGGGGGGAGAGCCAUAACUGCACUAUUUUAAUGGUCACCAUGACAUAAAAACUGCAUGUAUAGAAACAACAGUCACCAAAAAAAGUUGGGUGGCUUUGCCCCGAGAUAAGGUUAUGUUUCAUGUUCGGCUGUUAUAAAGCAGAUGAUUGGCUUUUGGGAAGAAGGGUGGGAUACGUGUCAUACAGCCGCCAUCUUUGGCGGUAUGGACUUUUCUAUUCAAAAUAGUUAGGUGGUUUGUCUCCUCUCUCGUAACCACUCUGACUUUUGAACAUGCUGCAAUUACCGUUGAACUUUUUUCAGUUUUCUAAGUUCAUGAAACAAACAGUGCAUUAACAUUUGAAGAAAGGAUAUUUUUUUUCGAGUUUCAGUAUUAAUAUUGUUUUUAUUAAUAUUCUUUUCACUUAAAAAAAUCAACAGAAUAUGUAAUUUUCCCAGGGGUACUCAAACCUUUGCAUACAGCUGAAUGUAUCAAUAAAGAUCCUUGUGAGCAAAGCUAAAGAAAGUGCUUCAUGAUUAAAGAAACUUUGAUUUGGAGGCCUUUAGUUUUCUGUGCAUUUUUUUUAUUAUUUAUGACUUUUCAUUGACUGAAUAAACAACCCCUCCCAACAAUGAGACGUAAGUGUCUGAAAGCUAGAUAGAGCUAUACAGACUGUUCAUUUGCAGUUGGAUCAGCAGAACUAACAUCCCCUUCACAUUACUGUGUGUAAUGUUGGAAAUAUUGCUUAAUGCAGCUUUAAGUUUAAGUGAAAAUUAGCUAGUUGUCUUACUGAAAACACUAGUUGCACCAUAUGCACUGUAACAAGUAAGCAUUACAUGUAUGUGUUUUUUUUUUAAUUGUCUUAACAUUGCAGGACCUUGGUUAUUACAAAUCCUAUGGGAACAGUGCUUGGCCAAAGUAGUUUAGCGUUUACUUCCCUUUGCAAGCUAACCUCCACCUUUUAAUGAAAUUAGUGACAAUAUUCAUCAAUUGCAAUGUUCACAUUUUUGUACUAGUAGUUUUAUUUUGAUGGCUUGGUUAAAUGUCAGUUUAGAUAAGUGAGGUCACACUAUCAAAAGACAAUAACUUUUAUCCAUCCAUACACACUCCUAAGCUUAGUCAACAUUGUAUGGAUUAUACUGUGAAAGAAAUAGAUGUAGAAAUGUAGUCCUCCAUUGAUAUUUUAUUAUACCACAGUAAUGUUGUGGUAAUGUUCUGUAAUCCAUAGUAUGACUCAAAAGGGUAUAUGACAACUAUGGACAUACAGCAGUGUACGAAGUCUCUUAAGGUUUUUUAUCCUUGACUGUGUAAAUGCUCUCUCUGUCCGAAUUAACCAAUCAACACUUUAUAUGAAUAUGUUCUCUGCUAUGCAAAAAUAAAUAGCAUAUACUGUGAAGAUUGAAGCAAUCAAGUCAAUAUUAGAUUGGGACAAGAAGUUUCCAACAAUGUCAUGUACAGUGCCUUUUUUAUCAAAUGUACCAAGAAAAA